AUGUUCAGCAAAUAUUCUAGGCUUAUUGAUUUUGAUGAAGAAUUUGCAUCAUAUUAUUGGGUGACAAGCAGAAUUGAAAAAUCAGACUUUUUUCUUUUCUUUGCUCUUUUUCUUUUCUAUUUUCUACUUUUAACUUUUCCUCCUUUGCUUUUUCUUUGCUUUAGUCUUUUUUCUUUUCUUUUUUUUCCUUUCCCUUCUUUUCCCUUCUACACCUAUUUCUUUACUUUCCAUUUCUUUCUCUUCUUUCCUAUUUGGCUUUACUUUCUUCUUUUUUCUUUUUUAUCUUCUUUUAUUUUUCCUUUCUUUCUGUUUCUUUUCUCUCCAUUUUUCCUUUUUUUUUUUUCAUUGAUUUUUCUCUAUUUUACUUUGCUCUUUUUCCUUUUCUUUUUUUUCCUUUUCUUUUUUUUCCUUUUCUUUUUUUUCCUUUUCUUUUUUUUCCUUUUCUUUUUUUUCCUUUUCUUUUUUUUCUUUCCUUUAUCUUUUUUCUUCCCAUCUUUUUCCUUUGUCUUCUCUUUCCUUCUUUCAUCCAAGCCCACCCAUGUUUGUAUGAAAUAUGUCUGUACAGUCAUCCAAUGCAUAUGCAGCUAUAUGAUAAAAUAA